CUUGUGCUAACCUCGAUUCACAGCGUAGUUUGUGUUUAAAAUCAUGUAGUUUUUUUUUCAGGGGUUGUCGCAACCUCACAAAUUUCUAACUCGAGUUUCUUGUCGUGCUAUAAGCUAUUUAACGUUAGCUGUAGACGUUAAACGCAUGCUAGCAAAUGUGUUUAAAUAAGGUGAUUUACAGAGUUUAGGAACUGUUUACCAGUACAGCACCAACUAGCGGGGUUGAUGUUGGUGUGAAGUGACAGAGCCAGUCCAGAGUUCGUUGCUAUUGGAAACCUCGAGGUUUGUGCCGCUAUGUAGAAUUGUCCCCUUGGCUCUCAUCUCGUUUUUGUUGACACCCCAGUUGUUUCAAUGGGGAAAAGGAAAGACAUGAUUCACCCCAGGUUUCUCGGUGAAGGCGGCUCUAGCCUGCACAGCAUUCACAAGCGGAAACACAAAAAACACAAGAAGCACAAGAAGAAGCACCACAGCUUCGCGGAGGCCCCGGAGCCCGAGCCCGUCAUGGUUCCUCGACCUCCUCCGCAGCUCAGGCUCAAGAUCAAACUCGGAGGACAGACGCUGGGGACCAAGAGUGUCCCCACCUUCACCGUCCACCCUGGCGUGGCUCGUCCUCCCUCGCCGCUGAUGAUCAUUCACAACAAUGUUGAGGACGAUGACGACGAUGAUGAAGACGACGACGAUGAUGACGAUGAGCCUUCUGUACCUCUGGAGCAGUAUCGGGCCUGGCUGGACGAAGACAGCAACCUGGCUACAUCUCCUAUGCCGGACAUGGACUCGGACUCCAUGCUGUGUGGGCCCGUGGACGAGGAGGAGAAGUGGCUCGACGCUUUAGAGAAGGGAGAGCUCGACGACAACGGAGAGCUCAAGAAGGAGAUCGACGAGUCUCUGCUCACCGCCAGACAGAAAGCCCUGCUACACAAGCAGCAGAUUCAGCCUCUCCUGGAGCUCCCCAUGGGCUACAAGGAGAAGGAGAUGACCGCGGAGAUGAUGCAGAAGCGGGAGGAGCGCGCCCGGAAGAGACGCCUGCAGGCCGCCAAGAAGGCGGAGGAGAACAAGAACCAGACGAUAGAGAGACUGACAAAAACCAGCAAGGCCAAGAUCAAAAGCAUGAGAGAGAGGAAGACCAAGCAGAGCCAGUGCCCCAUGGUACGUUACAGCGACUCGGCGCAGGGAAUGGCCAUCUCCUUCCCCGCCGGCGUCCCCGCCCCGACCUCAACUCCUGCCUGCCCGCCUCCUCCUCCGGCCCCCGUGAACUGCGGGGUGAGCGGCUGCAGCAACCUGAAGAAGUACUCCUGCUCGAAGACGGGGGUUCCUCUCUGCAGCCUCGAGUGUUACAAGAGGAACCUGCUGCUGGUGCAGAGCGUGGCCUGAUCCUCAGAGAGACUUUAAAACGGGCUUAGGUUUUGUCGAUGCUGCACUGAACACUCAUGGCUAAGCAGAGCAUAGCUUUUGAACUUAUAUUCAUCUUUUCUGGAAUCCUCAUGCAGUGUGACUUUUUUUUUUCCAACAUGCCUUUUUGUUUGUAGUUGUCAUUAAUGGUGUUUUUUCUUGCAGCGUUACUCAUUAAUUCAAUUAUGUACUAUAGAAAAUGAAAUCAGAGUCUCUCUAAGUUUUGACACAGAGUGGCACCAUUAUUUUGAAUAAUGUGAAAAAGACUGAAAAAGCUCAUCAGCAAGUAAAGUUGUCUUGAAACAA